GGUACCAUAUUAACAUCCGUAUUUUAAUCAAUAGUGCACUUUGCUGAUGUGUGACAUCUUUCUACGACUGGGUCCAAACACAACACAUUUGUUACAAUUAUGUGAUCUCAGAAAGGAACUUAAUUUCUAGCAAUGGAAAUUAUGGUUUUUCUUUUGUUGACACUGGUUUUCUUCUUAACUGAAGUUGUACAUUAUGCUGAAGGAUACGAGUGCCCGAGAAUCACCUACAGACAGAAUAGGUUCGGAAUAAUUUACAAAUUACGAACUUACGUCCAUUGUGAACACGGCUGUUGUGGACAACAUGGAGACUUCUGUUGUACACCUCCGAUCACUACAACAGAAAAACCAAUCUACAAUGAUAAUGCCAGUUUGUACCUUGGAGUCGUGUCUGGUACUGUGGUAGCCAUUGUGUGUAUCAUCUCCGUCACUUGCUGCUGUAUUAGUAAAUACAAUAAGAAGAAUGUCACUGUUGGAGUAGACCCUCGGUGGUCAGAUGGAUCUCGAGCCCGAAUUUUGACAGUUCAGGAUAUUGAGGACAGAGUGAUGUCCCCUCCACCUGCGUAUGAACACACCGUCUCUCCAGCUGCCACGCCCACUGCACCACGUGACACUUCUGUCAGAUAUACCAGGACUAGUGGAAAGUUGUUCACUUCCACAUAAAAAUCGACUUUACCCCUUUUUGGAGAGUUUUUGAUAAACGUAGUAGCUUACUUAAGAUAUGGGGAUAAGAGAUACACUCUGUAUUAAAGUUUUAUUUCUACGUUAAAUCUUUUUAGUGCAUGCUUGUACAUUUGUUUAAAAGCUUAUUUAAUUUCAUUUAAAAAUUGUUUUGUUUUGAUAUGCUUGAUCAUAAACAUGUACGGCAAUUUAAAGUUAAUUGUUAGUUAUAAAUUUUCUUUGCACUUCGUUACAUAUAUGUACGUCCAAAGUUGGCUCUUUUAUUAAGACGCAUAAUUUUUCUAAAAUUCAUCACAGAAGUUGUGUUUUUUUAUUCAUUUUUCUCCCAUUUCUAUGUACUUAAGUUUCAAUGUACUUUAUCAGGAUGCAUUGCAGGUUAGAAAAUACGUUCGCAUGUAAAGUGCAAGAUUUAAAUGCAAUGUUAGUAACAAUAAUUUAUGUAAAGCGCUUAUUUUUAAAUAUUUCUGAGAUCUUUUUUACACACGUUUGCCAUUAAACAUAUAUGUA